UUGUGUAUUUAGUGUUCGUGCUGUGUGGACGCAUUAAAGUCGGGUCGUUUUUCUGUUAGGUUUUCUGCAGUGCGCUUCUUAGGAUUUUUUGUGUUGGGUGAACCGUUUUUGUCUGUACCCCUUCGGAUACUCCCUCCCACCUCCCUCUGCUCGCUCUUUAAGCGGCCGGAUUUUCCUCCGCAUAUUGUGUGUGGUGUGAUUGUGAGUCGAAAACUGUGGCAGUGACCAGAACCCCAGACUGAAUCGGAUUCGAAUCCGUGGCGGAAGUGAGUUGUGCUUUAUAGAAUCAACGAUUAAACGGUACGGUGUAUUGUCCUCCUGUGCUUCAAUAGUUGUUCCGGCGAGGGUCCAGGAAAAGCGAAAUUUGAGCGGCGCGCAGCUGUCAACCGAAAUAUUCCCCAGUCAGUGUAGUGGAUACAGCAACGAAAAAACGAAAUAUUAUAAUUGCAAAGCUCCUCUGACAUUUCGGUUUUGACGUUUUUAUUCGAAGAGUGAAGUAGCAGCGCAAGCGAAAAAAGUGACUACCCCAUCUCAGAAAAAAACAACAACAAAUCAGUGUUUAAUCCUUUUUUGGGAAUAACAGCGAACUCGAGAAAGACUUCAACCAAGCGAGCAAGCAGAUUGCGUUUUGCCUUAAUUUUGCAGCAUAUAAUUUCUACUAGUUGAAGCCAAAAAGUCCGUCAUGGGUAAGGCACAGAGCAAGCGCUCGGUCGACAUAACGACAGACCCGGCAAAGGAUGGCGUGAUCGCGGAAGGUACCGGCAAGCUGGAAAAGAUCGAGGAUGUUGAUCAGCUCAAAUCACAGGCCAACGGGGAUACACAGCAUGCCGAAGGCGACUCGGAAAAGAAAGUCCAAUCCGAUGCGGCAGAAAACGAAAAGGACGCUACCACAGAAAAGGAAGGCAAAGACAGUGGGGCCGGAGAUUCGGCGGCAAACACAACGGCCGGUUCCCCAAUAGCCACCAGUUCCCCGACCACAGAGAAAGCCGCCCCCACAACCGGCGGAGAAACGUCGGAUUCGGAUGCAACGGCGGCCAACAAAACCCUCGAGAAUGGUGCCAGCACCGCCGACGAAACGCUGAACGACAGCAGCAAAGCGGCCGAAGCCGACGGCAGUAAAAAACCCAAAAAGGUAAAAAAGAAAUGGUCCUUCCGAAGUAUCUCGUUCAGCAAGAAGGACAAACAGAAGCCGUCCAAGAAGGACAAGGAAGCGGCUGCUGGAGCGGCCUCCGGCGAGGAGAAGGUCAACGGCGACUGCGAGAAAGUUCCUGAAGAGCCGACGGAAGAUGCGACCGCUGCUGCGGCAGCUGCUGCUCCAGAGACCACGACGACCACUGAAGCCGAGGUAGCUCCCGCGAAAGCCGUUGAAGAGAAACCCAUUGAAUCGACCGUAGCCUCUCCUGCCCAAGAAACUGCCCCCGUUACCGCAGAGGUCACCCCGGCGACCGAAACUGCCCCAGCCCCGGUAGCAGAAAAUGGCAAACCGGAAGAAGAGAAAGAAGCCGCUGUCGUCGUUGCUCCCGUUGCCGUCCCAGAGCCAGAACCAGUGGUUGAGGAAGCUGCCCCAGCCCCAGCCCCAGUUGUCACCGCCGUCAUCGAUGUUGAGGUAAAGAAAGCUAGCGAAGAACAACCACAGCCGGUGGAAAAACCCGCCGCCGCUGCUGAUCCUAUUGCCGUCUCUGUUGAGCAAGACAAACCGGUAACCGUAGUUGAAACAUGCGACGCUCAGCCCAAACCGACGGAAGAGACGGCACCGGUGACCGUGGCCGAUCCUGAGCCCGCACCAGUAGUCGUCUCUACAGUUGAACCGGCUGAGACCGUCGUCGUCGCCGACAAUGGUGAUAGCACAACCCUUCCACCACCUCCUCUGCCCUCCAUUCCCCCUCCCUCCCAGGUGAUGGUAUUCGCAGAAGCUUCCAUGUCUCAGUCGACUGGUCCCGAUGAUCAUGUCGAGCCCGACUCUCUUAACUCGAUUCCGGAAACACAGUCGGCUGCUCUGCCGUCGACUCCAGAACAGGUUGUUGUAGUAGAAGAGCAAAAGGUAGAAGCACAUGUUAGUCCACUGGUCGAGGCAGCUGCUCCGGAAGUUGCUCCUAUUCCUGAGGAGGUACCUUCGGCGGUUGAAAAUGCUGCUGACGAGAACAAACCGACUGCUCCUGUUGAAGAAGUCAUCGCUGAGAAGAAGGUUCAAAUCGUAGAAGCUUCUCCAGCAUCGGUUCCAGAGGUACCUGUUGCUGAAAUCAAAGAAACCGCCAACGAAGUUGUGGAUCAGAUUCUGGAAAAGGCUGUCGAUAAGGUUGAAAACGAGACGGCCGCCAAAGUUGAGGAAGUUUUGAUUGCUCCAGAAGAACACAAACCAGAAGAGUCGGCACCAGUGAUCUGCGAGGAACAGAAGUCCCUUUCCGAAGAAUCCAAACCUGAACCAGAAGUGAUCUCAGAGUCUCACGAGCAGCCAAAGUCAGAAGAAUCAGAACCUGUACCAGUACCAGAACCCCUAUCGGAAGCUGAUGAAACAAGCAACACAAUCGAUGAUCUUCCCCCGCCGCCACCGCCACCAGCAGCAGAUGAUGAGCCAGUGCCAGAUUCGUUACCAUCGCCGUUGCCCACCAUUGCUGCCGACAUCGCACCAGUCGAUGGCACAGCAGCAGCAAAUCUGGCAACUGACGAUCAGAACCUGUCCGUUGACAUAUCCUCUCCACUUCCCCAGAAUUCACUAGAGUCACUUCCAUCACCGCCCACACUGUCCCAAAGUGACGCCAUGAGCUUACCACCCCCGCCAGAAUCUCCUACGGCGACUACUGCUCCCUUGGCCCCGUUGGAACCAAUCGUUGUUCCUACCUCGUGUACCGAAUCCUCCGAACUCCAGCUUCCCUCGCCUCCACCUCAACUACCAGAAACCGAUGCUGUCACCGAACAGGCAGUGCAGGAAUCCCCUAAAGCUGUGGUAGAACAACAAUCGGCAGAAGAGACUGUGCAGGCACCGGAAGUGACUGAAGUAGUGAUUCCGGAAGUGGCGGCGGUGACGGCGACGACGAACGAAACCCCAGCAGCGGAAGAGGUAUCCACUAGCAAGAAAGAAGAACAAGCGGUUGAACACAAAGAACAAGAAGAGGCGCCGGCGCCCGUCGUCGUUCAGCCUGCGACGCCCAACGAGGCAGUUGUCGUCAAAAAGCAGCAGCAGAAUGGAACGACCGAGGCUGCCGCCGUAGUAGAGGAGGAGCACCACAAUGGAACCUCCAACGGUACCACCGAGAACGGCAACGGACCGGCGAUCGCCAGCGAGAACGGCAACGGUGUGCAUCACGAUGAAGAGCUGGACCAGCAUGCCGCGCCGGAACCGGCAGAACUGAAGGCCGAGAACGGUCUGAAUGGUGAUUCCGUCGAGCACAAAAAGGAGGAUAAAAUCCCCGAAAAAGCAGCUCAGCUCCAGCAACCUCCCCCAGCAGCGGAAGUAACGGCCGAGUAAAUCUAUUGAUUAUUAAUUAUUAUUAAUUAAUUAAUUAAUUAUAAUCUUAAUAUUAACGCAAACACACACACACUGAGCGAGCGAAGCAAAAAAAACGAAUUAUUGAAAAAAAAAACAUUGGUAGCGAAACAGUGAAAGAAAAUGUGAAGGACGUCUUUCUGUUUUUGUGUCAGGCAAAUACCUAUAAUAGUAAAUCAUCAGCAGUAGCAAAUGGCAGUGAAUGGAAACGCCAACAACAAGAGCGCAGCAACAACUACAAUCCAACAAUUAGAUCCAGCUAAAAGGAAACAAAAUAAUUGAGAGAUUUUCAUUCAUCAGUUGGCAUAUUAUUGGAAAUAGAAUCAACCAACAGAGGAACACGAAUAAGUCCCACUCAUAUGGAAUUGAAUGAACUCCUCCACCAUCUACAACUCGCCAGAUUUACACAACAGCAGCAAAUACGCGAAAGCAUUUCUAGGAUUUUUUUCGUUCGAUUAAAUCAAUCAAGCAAGCAAGAUUCAUACCAGCGAUCCGAGAGAAUCGAAUUUAACACAUUUUAUAAUCUAUUUUAUUGCGGAAAUAGAAACUGAAAAUAAUAACAUCAUAAAAAAAAAUAAUUUUAUACGAAACGCAGAUAUUGAAAGAAGAGUGCUAGCACGUAACUAGGAGAUACCUUUCUAACCGGAAAUGUCCAAUUUGUAAACGUCCAAGCACAGGGAUAUGGAAAACAAUGCAUGUUGCAGCUUAAGAAAGGUUUUAUCUGACUUGUUGAAAACGCUAUUCUUGUAUAUAUUUUUUCUUGUUUUACGAUUUGCUAGUUUCAUAAUUUUUGGGGCAGCAAAACAAUAGAAAUACACGAGAAAAAAUACGUUUCGUCUUCAAAUUGAGUGCGCGAGUUCAGUAGAAUAGUGUGUAGGAGUUUUUUUUUGUAAAGGUUAUUGAACGCUGAAAAAAAUUGUAUCACUUGCUGCAAGCGCUAAGUUUAAAUAUAAUUAUUAUUGAUUGUCCAUAUUUGCAAAUGUCCAUUUUUACCGAUUCGCUAGUGAGGAAAUGCUGAGAGCAAACAAAAAGAAAGGAAGAAGAAAAAAUCGUUUCCAGUAGAGAGAAUAUGAAUAAAGGGGAUAUUAUAAACUACAACAUAAGAUUUUUUGGGGGAAGAGUGGGAAAGGCUAGACGAUCUCUCUCUAUAUAUUGCAUGUUAGGCAAAUAAACAAAGUUUGAAGCAAACUUGUUUUAUACACACAAACAGACACAAACAAACCCAAAUCUUCUGGCCGUUCCCGCCCUUCGCUGUUUACGUAGGUCGCAUCUUUACAAUUGUAAAAGAAACACUAUUUAUAGUUUAAUUGAUAAUUGAGAUAAAUUAUCCUAAUAAAGCUAAAGCAAACUUUUUUCGAAGAAAAAAUGUAAACAUAAGUGUAAGGCUCUUUUCUUUUAAUAUCUUUGUUGUAAAUUCUAUUUCAAAGAAAAGAAAAUAAAAGGAUUGAAAAGAGGGGAAGAUUUAAGCAUUAAACUUUUGCUGGUAGCGAAAACAAAAAUUUCAUUAUUAUAGCCGUAUCGAAUUCUCAACAGCAGCAAAAAAUGCAACAUCAUAUGUAAUUCAAAAUUUCAUAGUACAUGUCGUUAAACAACAAAUACAUCAAACUGGAAAGUCACAACACAUACUGUAGUUUAUGAAAAAAAUAUCGAUAGUAACAAUUACAUGAACUAAAUUUCAAACCAUAAACUAAAAUCCCGACGCGGAGAUCAUCUCAUAAUGUCACUAACUAGGGAAAUACAUCCAUUGGAUCGUCGAAUGAAACAAAAUCGAAAAUAUUGAAUAAAUAUGAGGGGCCCUCGUUUCUGACGAGCUAUGUUUUUACAACGUAGUUAACAGAAUGAAUCACGAGGGCUUUCUUUUUUUUAGAAAACAAUACACAUUUUCUACGAGUAUUGUAUUUUAAGCAAAAUCAAGAGCACAAGCAACUUAGAACAGAAUUUGCAAAAACACAUCAAGACUGCCGUCGCUCACAGCGAGUUUCACAAUCUUUUAUCGAAAUCAAUCGAAGACGAAAAAAAUACAACAAGCUGAACGAGAGCGCGCAAAAACAAAAGAACCACCGCCAGUCUGCAUCGAAAAAUUUUACACCUUUUAAAUGAUCUUUCAAGCCUACACGAUUUCGAAAUGCGUUUUGCUAAAUCGAAAAAGUGUUCGAAAUCAAAUGGAUACCUCCGUGUUUCGGGAUCAACCGCAUAAGUUCCGAAAGGACAAAAAACUGAAAGAACAGAAAACGCAAUUGCAUACCACCACAAACAGGAUUAACAUCCGAAACAAAAAAAAAACAGGUCGGAUUCUCCGUUCUGGAUAUUAUUGAAAAACUUGAUAACAACUUCUACAGAAACAUAAACAACUAAAACGAGAAGAACAAAACAAGAAUAAUGUAAUUGUCGAUAUGUCAAUUUUUAAAUAAAGGGAAAUUACAAACGAACUAUAA